AGUGUCCCUCAUGCUUCCUAAACCUUCCUUCUGAUCUGACACUGAGAUGCAGCAGAGCUUCGCUCAGAGGAUGGACGGCGCCUUCAGCUCCAUGCAGCUCUGCAUUGAGGAGCACCGAGCCAAACACAGCCGCAUGCUGAGCAGCUGCUCUCAGGCCAUCGAUGGUUUGAUCGCGAAGAAUGAGGCGGCAGUGAACGGCGCCGUGACCACCAUGGAGUCGUUUGUGGGUGGAGUCAGAUCGCUGGUCAGUGAGGGCGUGGGUCGCUUUCAGGAGAAGGUGCAGCAGCAUGAGGCGCUGUGUCUGCAGGACAAAGAGAGUCUGCUGCAGCUGCUGGAGGAAAAUCGGCAGGACAUGGAGGACGUCCUGAUGACCCGGACUCUGAUGGGGCUGACAGCCGUCAAAGAGCUCAGUGGCUCUCUGAAAUCCUCGGUGGAGACGCAGCGAGCUUUGGCCUCUCAGGUGGAGGCCAUGAAGGAGGUGGGUGGGUUCCUCGGCGGUCUGGUCCAGGAGCUGGUGGGUCUGCGGCAGACGGCCGUCCAAGGUCUGGGAGCGCUGCAGGCCGAGCACGACAAGCUGGAGAAGGAGAUCCAACAAGUGCAGGAGCGACAGCAGGCGAGCAUGAAGGACACCAUCCAGUGUCUGCAGGACCAGCUCACCCUGCUGUCCAUGCAGGCCCAACAGGACUUGACCCAGCUGCACUCGGCCUCCAGAGCUCUGCAGACUCCAGUGCUGCAGCUCCAGGAGAACAUCAGCAGCGGUUGCAGCUUUGUAGAGGAUCAGCUUUCAGGACAGGCCCAAGUCCUCCAAUCCUCCUCCUCCUCCAUCGCCUCCUCUCUGCGUCUGACCACCGAGGAGAACCUGCAGUUUCUGACGGAGAUGGACGGCUACUGCUCCGACCUGCACAGCUCCGUGUCAGGUCUGGUGGAGCGGGACGUCCAGUGGAGCCUCAGAGCCGGGCAGCAUGCAGACCACCAGAACCAGGAGCUGCUGGCCGUGAUGGGGUCCAUCUCCACUGAAGCUCAGGCCCUGCAGCAGAGUGUUCAGACGUUCUGCUCCCAGCAGCUCAGGACCAAUGAGGAGCAUCUGUCUGAGCGGCGGGAGGACAUGAAGCAAGCCCUCAUAGCCGUGCAGAAGCAGAACUCUGUAGACUGGAGCGUCCUGGACAAGCAGCAGGAGGAGCUGCUGGAGAACAUCAGCAGGAGCCAGCAUCUGGUCAGCAGCUUCCUGCAGGAGGAGCUGCAGCAGGACGUUCCCACCGGACUCCCUGUAAGACGAGAUGAGCACUUGCUACGAAAGUUUGGUCAUGGAGCCAAACUUUGAGAACAUCGUCUUCAAGAGCAAUUGUUCUUCUAGGUGAAUCUCAGUCAACACAAGUCAAAAUGACAAAGAUCAAUCACACCAAGUUUUGAUCAAAAAGUAUUUUUUCUGAAUUUUCUACAGCAGUGGAUUGGAAAGAGGAUGAAGAUCCCAGAUUCAUUUUUUUUUUUUUUUUUUUUUACAAAACUUAAGUAGUCAUUAAAUAAAGUCAUGUUUUUUUUCUUUCACGUUUUAUUGAAAAGUGAUGAAUGCUUUUAUUGUAGUCUAAAAUUUAAAUAAACAAGCAAGAGGGACAAAGCACUUAG